GGAGAUGCUCAAACAAGGACAGUGGCCAUUGCCAAAUGCAUGGCAACCUUCUUUCUCCACUUUUCUGUGUUUUUAGCCUUGUAUAUCAUAACAAGGCACUUCCUCAACAAGAUAAGAAACUUCCCACCUAGUCCAUUCCCUUCACUACCAAUCAUUGGCCAUCUCUACCUCCUCAAGAAGCCAAUUUACAGGACAGUACUAUCAAAAAUCUCAAGUAAACAUGGCCCCGUAAUCUUGCUCCAACUCGGGUCUCGUCGACAACUUGUUGUCUCAUCCCCUUCGAUAGCUGAAGAAUGCUUUACCAAAAAUGAUGUUGUCUUUGCAAACCGCCCAGGUUAUCUCAUUGCAAAACACCUCGCCUACAACACCACAGGCCUUCUUUGGGCUCCCUAUGGCGACCACUGGCGAAACCUUAGGAGAAUCGUCUCUAUUGAAGUCUUGUCUGCAUACCGCCUCCAAAUGCUCUCUUCCAUACGUCUGGAGGAGGUGAGGUCAAUGAUUUGUGUUCUCUUUCGCAAUCAGAAUCAGAUUGUAGAUAUGAAGACAGUUUUCUUCGAACUGACACUGAACAUAAUGAUGCGGAUGAUAGCUGGAAAGAGAUAUUAUGGAGAGGAUGUUUCUGAUGUGGAAGAAGCAAAAAGGUUUCGAGCAAUUCAUGCUGAAACCUUAUUGCUAGGUGGCAAAACCAUUAUUGGAGACUAUGUACCGUGGAUUAAAUCAAAAAAGAUGUUGAAGAGAGUGAUAGAGUGCCAUCUAAAGAGCGAUAGUUUCAUGCAGUACUUGAUAGAAGAGCAACGGAGAAAAAUAUUGGAGACUGAUUGCUGUGGUGAAAAGAAAAGGAAUUUGAUUCAGGUUCUGCUGUCCCUGCAAGAAAAUGAACCUGGGUAUUACACCGACGAUAUCAUCAAAGGGAUUAUGCUGAAUAAGAUAUCUCCACUGCUUGCAUUGUCUAUGGAAUUAAUUACCAUAAGUUGGUUUGGUGUGUGGGUGCUCUUGUUGGCGGGAACAGACACUUCAUCUGCUACAAUGGAAUGGGCACUUUCACUUUUGCUUAACCAUCCCCGAGUCCUCGAGAAGGCUCAGAGAGAAAUCGACGAGCAUAUUGGGCAUGAUCGUUUGAUGGAUGAAGGUGAUCUUGCCCAACUUCCCUACCUCCGCAGCAUCCUGAACGAAACGUUACGGAUGUACCCGCCAGCUCCGUUGCUAAUACCUCAUGAGUCAUCAGAAGAAUGCCUGGUUGGAGGAUUCCGCAUUCCACGUGGCACGAUGCUCUCUGUAAAUAUGUGGGCCAUUCAAAAUGACCCUAAAAUCUGGCCAGACCCAACAAAAUUCAGACCUGAGAGGUUUGACAACCCAGAGGGGGCUAGAGAUGGGUUUAAGUUGAUGCCUUUCGGGCAUGGAAGGAGGAGCUGUCCUGGAGAAGGCUUGGCCCUGAAAGUGGUGGGAUUAGCAUUGGGCUCGCUCCUUCAAUGUUUCAAAUGGCAGAAAAUUAGUGAUAAAAUGGUGGAUAUGACCGAGGGGCCCGGGUUUACCAGUACAAAGGCACAACCACUGGAAGCUAUAUGAAGACCACGCCCAAGCAUGCAUACUAUGGCCUUUUCAGGCUCGGCCCUGAGAGUGGUGGGAUUAGCAUUGGGCUCGCUCCUUCAAUGUUUCUAGUGGCAGAAGAUUGGUGAUAAAAUGGUGGACAUGACCGAGAGUCCCGGGUUCACCGCUCUGAAGGCAAAACCACUAGAAGCUAUAUGUAGGCCACGCCCAAGCAUGCUAGGGCAUAUCUCUCAAAUAUGAAACAUAUAUUCUUCCAUGACCCGUGAUUUGCAUCUUGAUGUAACUCUACCCAUAGGCUAUCCGGCCUGUAUAAACCAUGCUGUUGCCAUUUGAGUUUUGAUAUGCAAAAACAAUACACCAUGGAGAAUUGAAUUGAUGAUGAAAGAACUCCUUGCAUCCAGAUUUUCUUUAGGUUUGAGACUUCUUAAAGUAUUCACAUAUUUUGAGAGAGUUACUUUACAUAUUUUGAGAGAGGGUAACAAUAUAGCAGAUGCCCUUAUAAAACAAGGCGUUACUAGAAAUUGUGAGCUGGUAACUUGACCUAAUUAGUUUUGACAAAAACUUUUUCAUGUUGCUUAUAUAUGCUAUAUAUGAUGACUAUGGAAAUUUUCAGGUUUUUGACUUCUUUGAA